GAUUGUGUAAUAUGAGACACUUUCCCCGGACACAGGCACAGAUCACCUCGCCAUCCUUGUCUCUUGCGACAUUUGUACAUGUAACAAUCAGCAAUGCCACAGACAGACUGCAGGCCUUUUGUUUUUUUUUAAUAUCAAACCUGGCAAUUAAGAGGACAAUAAAUACAUGACUGUCACAGAACCCCGUCAUACACGUCAGUACACCUGGUGGCGAAAUGGGGGGGGGGGAUUUGGACAAGAUCAAAACAUGACCCGCCUGAGAGAACCGCAGUUUUCAAAAUGCACAAAUAUAAACAUGUCCGGUAUAAAAUGUCUGGUGUUUUUGGCAUCGUUCAAGUGAAGGUGCAUGUUUCGUUAAAGGUGACCGUUUGCUUUUUAUCUUCUGAAGAACAGGUCCGAUUGAGUCGAAACGCUCCGAGCACUUAAACAGGGGCGUGUGUUAAAGGAAAACAAUAUUAAAGUAACGUCGCGACGAUGCGUUGAGUAUCAAGUUAUAUCACAUUAAAAGGGCAUUAUUUAAAGUUCUUUGUUUUCUGAGGUUCAUGUCUGAUUGGGUUGAAAUAUGAAAGGUACUUUAAAAAAGCAUGUUAUACAGUAAGAAUGCAGUAUAAUGCUGCCAUCCCUGUCAUGUUACGUCAUUUUAGAGGUCCAGCUUUCAGACCUCUGUCUGCUUAAAGGACUUACUUGGUCAUAACUUUAUGUUAUAAGGUAACUCAUAGGACGGUCAUAAGUCUCGGAGUGACUUUAACAGCUGUAACAGCCUGUGUUUUGUCCACAUACACAAUUUUUAGGUUUACUUUAAUUUUUCUUAAUAAUUUUCUUCCAAGCAUUUUGUUUCUGUUGAUGUGGGUUUUUUUAACGCUCGCACAGGGAACAUUUGCCCGUCGACAAAAAAAUAUAUCAUUGCUGUUCUGCUUAACUGUAACUUGGAAUCCGAGCGUCCCAGUCCAUUGCGCAAGAAGCAUAUUUCCCCGAAUGAGAUCAUAUCCCGACUGUGUUGUCUGUCUGCUGAGGAUGACCAACGAGGGAAAUCCCCAGCUGUGACAUUGGUGUCGUGCUUAGUCUUAUUUACUUCAGGAUCAUGAGACUUGCUACUUUCACAAUUUAGGAUCAUAGUUGUCACGCUCAUCAUGGGCCCUGUGGUUUAUGUCUGCAUGCUGACCGCAUUUGGCGUGAAUGUCCUAGUCAGUGUCUGUGUCGUAACAACGGGACCGACUGUCUUGGGUGUUUAAGGCAAUCCUUUUGACACCAAGUAGACUCAAUUUAGGAUACAUCUGGUCGAAGGAAACAUUAGUUGUUCUUCAUUUGAGGGUCAAGUCGGCAAGGACGUUGGGAAAAUACAACUUUUUACGCGAUGAUUACAAAAUUGAGUGUAAUGGAAAGGGUGCAGUUGGAAUAACGGAGUAUACGGUACAAAGUGUGAAUACAACACUUUAAUUAUUUCCGGUGGAAGAAGCGAGGAAGCAGGCACAUUGUCGUGCUUGUCACUCUCCAUAAUAAUGACCUAGCUCAAACCUGGUAGAUGCAGGAAGUGAUGUCAAGGAAGUCAGGGCUAGUUUUUUUUUUACUUUCAUUCUUUAAUCUUCCAAACAUUCCACUUGGUGAGCACAAGACGAGGCGCUCUGGUCCAUGUCGUUUCAUACAGGUACAUUCGCAGAGACUGGCAAACCUAGCAGCAUGGGCGCGUUGCAGUUGACGCCUCUUGGACUUCUGUUUUGGAUGAGGAUGGUUUACCUCACCAGUGCGCAGAAUGGUGCAGAGCUCACCGUGGCACCUGACAACAUUACUGCUGUCGUUGGAGAGACAACUGUACUGCAGUGCACGUGGAGGGAGCCGCGCGGAUGGUUCUUAGUAGGGCGAGGUUCGGUUGAGUUCAUGAAUGAAAACGGCACGUUCCCCUGUUCUGCACGUCGCACCUGCUCCGAGAGUCUGGGUCUUGGUAAGAUAACAGCCACUUUGACAAUUAGCAGUGUACUACCAGAAGAUGCAGGUGGCUAUCUUUGCAAUUAUGAAUCUCCGGGAGGCGAGUUGCUUAGGUCACCCCCUGUAUACAUCACUGUGAUCGCGCCGCCCAACGAUACAUCACCACAAUGUCUGAUGCGUCACCCUGUACCCCAUCACUUGGUUGGUACUGACGUACUUUUCACGUGCUAUUCCAGGGGUGGAAUUCCUCCCGCUCAGCUCUACUGGUACAGAGGCCCAAAGCUAGUCGCCGGGCCUUCCGCAGGCAGUCUGACAUACACCCACCGUGUUACAGAGAGCGACGACGGUCUGAUACUGACCUGUCGGCUGAGAAGUGAAGUACUGCUUGGCCUAAGAAACUGCUCAGUAGUCGUGGAUAUUCCACCGGAGGCCGAGAUACAGCCGAGGCUUUUAACGAUUCGGAGCGGUGCCAACGUUUCCUUCACGUGCCGUGGUCGCUACUUCCCGGAAAGCUACAGGUUAUAUACAUGGACAUUACCGAAUGCGUCACAGAAUCUCCAAUUUGACUAUCAAAUCCAAGACGGCGUUUUGAACUUAUUCAACCUACAAACCAUAUUGUAUAAGGAGAUAUUCAACCUAACCUGUCUCGUCUCCGAUGGGUCUAAUGAGUAUGCUUUAGACACGGUUACACUGCAGAUCUUGAUGAAAGGAACUGAUCCGCCGGGUCUCCCAAGCACCAACUCCUCGAAUUUAAGCAUGAUUGUCGUAGUCGUCUGCUCCUGUGUCCUCGUGCUAGUAAUAGUGGUAACAAGCCUGUUCCUACUGCGGAUGAAGAUUAAGCGUCAGCUUAGGCCGGACCCGGUUGCUGCGUGCCAAGCACUCGACGAUCAUCAUCAGCAGCAGACGGACUACACGGCUCUUUCCGCUCGAGUUGGCCCCAACCGCCCUCAUCAGAUGUCGGCCUACCAGGGUCUGGUGCCCGAGUCCAUGGAUCUCACCUUCCCGCCGGACCCUGACUGGCGUGGGACUAGGCCUGACUCGGGGACGGUCUAUGAAGUCACCGAUUAUCCUGUGGAGGUGAAAUCGGGUGGCAACGAAUACGAGAAGGCAGUUGUCAUGCCAGUUUUAAAGAAAGGGAGCGAGCUGUAUGUAAACCACGACGUGGUGAAGGGGAAACGGCACAGGGGAGGACGGAAGUAAGGGGAGGGGGUUGUGGACAGAAAUAAGACUGCAGAGUUCGGUUCUUGGUUCGUUUGAAUCCUGUUGUGAUGGCACACUGACAGGGCAAGAGGCUACGUAUGUUAUAAAAAUUUCAUCUGAAACAUAAAUAUUUUGCAAUUUACAGAUAGAAUGCUAUUGUUGAAAAAAUUGUACCAAAACCAAAUUUUAAAUAGGGCUCAUAGUUUCGAGUGAACACCUCGCUAUUUGUCAGUUUGAAUCAGAGCCAUCAUAAAACUGAUAUUUUCCAAAGUAAGGCAAAUACUUUCUCCUGCUAUCUGUAAAGAAACAGAGAUAAUAUCCCGUUAACGUGCAACAAUCGGCCGAAAUAUAUUCGCAUUAGGUUCAUAAGUUGUGUUUAAUUUUCACUGAAACCUACAAAACGUUCCUGAAGGUUAAUUAGACCAGAGCCAUUUGCACAAUAGACGCUUUACUUGAUCUACAUGUAUAAUAAGAGCUUUAUUUACAUCGAAGUAUACCUUUUGGUCAUGUAAUCUUCUGCAGUGACUUUAGAAUCAGACCAAAGUUUCGUGUUGCAGACGCAUCUAUUUGAUGCCAGCUUCUUAAAAAUUGAUAUAGAAAUACAAUAGAAAGUAUGGCAGUGAAUAUUACGUGUGAUUUCCAUUGCGAAAGUAACAACUAAUCAUAUACAACUUGUAAUGUGUAAAUGAUGUUUUUUUGCAAUAUGCCGUGACAAAGCAAGUUAGAGUAAUUUAUUAUGCUGUAUAACCAGAAUACGUGCCCAGCUACAUGUCUCAGGGAAAUUUCCUCUGAAGCAAUGAUAGUAACCAAUACAAAACGCCUUGUUAAAUGAUUGUUUUAUAUAUUGCUGCAAAUGAAAUGAAAUGUUAGUUUUGCGAACGUGUA